AUGAAAAUAAGGUAAAUAGAUGAGAAAUAUAGAGUUGAAAAGCUUAUUUCUAAGAAAGGGGGAUUUGGAAAAGUUUUUGAAGUAACUGACAUCACAGAUAAUAAGCAUUAUGCGCUCAAAUAACAGGAUAUGAGUGAGCAAAUGAAAAAUGGUAGAGACGAUGUGCAUAUAAAGAUCAGAAGAAUAAUGAGAGAAAUCUAGACAAUACAACUAAAGCAUCCUAGUAUCAUAGAGGUUUAUGAUUCCUUCAUUACAGAUAAUGGGCAAUUCAUUAUGAUCCAAGAACUAGGCACUCAAGAUUUGGAUUAAUUCAAAAAAAGUUUGGUUGCAAAAAAUGAAGAGCUAGACAUUCACUUGAUAUGCAAGAUCAUGAUUCAGAUUUUGACAGGAUUAGAAUUUAUACAUAAAGAAGGAAUUACACAUAGAGAUGUUUCCCCAGACAACAUUUUAUAAAUAGGAGAAGAAACAUUUAAGAUAUGUGAUUUUGGAGUAGCAUCAUUCGGAAGUUAUACUAAAAUUUCAUCAGGCAAAGAUUAGUAUAUGGCUCCUGAAGCCUAUGAUGAAACUGUUAACUAAGAUAAAACUUUUGACAUAUGGUCAGCAGGAGUGUUACUAUACUACUUGUGUACUGGAAGCAAUAAGUAUAUAUUUGGAAAUGGACAGAAUAAAAAAUUCUUCUGGAAAUAUGUGCUAGAUAAUAAAACUGAAACUUUGCAGAUGCCACAAUAAUAUUAAAUAUUUCAGGGCAUCCUAAAUGGAAUGCUUAAAUUUGAGCCAUUAGAAAGAGCUUCUAUUUAAGACAUUCUUAAGGUUUUAAUUGAGAUCUUAGAUGAACCUAAAUUUAUAUAUGAGUACUAGAAAAAAAUAGUUAUUUAGUAAAUCUAGAAGCUCUGCAUCAAUUUAUUAGAUCAUGAUUUUAAAACUAAGGUUACUAAGAAAUUUAAAGAUCUAGGACCUUAAUUUGAUUCAGUCUACAAGUAUAAUGAUUCUAUAUUGGUAUGCAAGUUUGUUGAUUCUAAUACUCUCUACCAAGCUCAGAAUUACUCAAUUUUUGUUUAGGAUAUAGAGACAAUUGCAAAUUUCCCAAAAAUUUAAACAAAAAGCGGAGUGAAUAAAAUUAUUAGAUUCACAGAUAACAUUCUUUUAACAGGAUAAGACAAUGGUUAUAUUCAGAUAUUUAGUCAAGAGAGAAUAGAAUAGCAAUAAACAUUCUAAAUAAGAGAAGUGAUAGCGGUCAAUGAUAUUUGCAGACUCACCAAUUCAAAUAACGACCAAGACAAUAUGCUUAAAUUUGCUUUUGCUUGCUAUGAUGGAUUAUAUGUUGGAUACUUUAAAAAAAGAGAUGAUCAAGAAUAUGAAUUCCACCUAGUUGAAGAGUAAAAAGCAUUUCUUUAAAAUGAAUGUAGUACUGUCAUAGAAGUUAGGUAGAAUGUUGUGGCAUUAUCAAAAAAAUUAGGAAAAAUAAUAUUUUAUAACAUUGAAACCUAAGAGUGCCUACAGCAGCUAUAUUUUCAUGGAGAUGCUGCUAUUUAUUAGACAUUAGAUUAUUCCUUUGAAAGAUAUCCAUACUUAAUAGUUAAAGAUUACCACAAUAUCUAUUUACUUGACAUAAAUGACUACGAGAAGAAAGUUAUAAUCAAGUCAAGCUAUGAAGGAAUUUUUAACUAUUAGUCUAUACACCAGUUUAAAGAUUAUGACGGUAAAUACAAGAUUCUUGAUCUUAAAUCCAAACCAAACAUAUUUCAUAAUAGAACUAAAAGAUAAUUGAGAGAAAUUGAGGUCAAUAUGCCCAUCAUAUAUUGA